AGCCGCCGCCGGCCGGACAGCCGGUGCUCCCGCCACCUCCGUUCCUCCUGCUGCGCCCUCGCCGCGCGCGCACCGCACCCUCUGGCCCGGCAUGUCGGCAGCCGUGGCGUGCGUGGAUUACUUCGCCGCCGACGUCCUCAUGGCCAUUUCCUCCGGGGCCGUGGUGCAUCGAGGGCGAUCCGGCCCCGAAGGCACGGGCCCUACAGCCGGCAUGCGUCGUGAAGCCACCCCACCCGGGACCCCAGGGGCGCCGCCGCCACCACCUCCCGCCGUCCCUGGCCCUGGUCCCGGUGGCGCCACCGCCGCGCCCCACCUGCUGGCCGCCAGCAUCCUGGCCGACCUGCGUGGUGGGCCCGGAUCCACCCCCACCGCCACGGGGGGCACUUCUCCUGUCUCGCCCUCCUCCGCCGCCUCGUCUCCGUCUUCGAGUCGCGGCCCUGGCGCCGCAGCCAAGAGCCACCGCUGUCCCUUCCCGGGCUGCGCCAAAGCCUAUUACAAAUCUUCGCACCUAAAGUCGCACCUUCGGACGCACACAGGUGAACGACCCUUUGCCUGCGAUUGGCCUGGCUGUGACAAGAAGUUCGCCCGUUCUGAUGAGCUGGCCCGUCACCAUCGGACCCACACUGGCGAGAAGCGUUUCCCCUGUCCCCUGUGUACCAAGCGUUUCACCCGUAGUGACCACCUGACCAAGCAUGCCCGCCGCCACCCUGGUUUCCGCCCGGAACUGCUCCGACGCCCCGGUGCCCGCAGCACCUCACCCCCCGAUUCGCUGCCCUGCAGCUUGGCUGGCAGCCCUGCUCCCAGCCCAGUACCCAGCCCAGCUCCUGCCAGCCUGUAGGGCUCUGAUGUCUGUCACCAUCAACAGGACACAUCUGGGGGAACAUCCCCCCCCAAGAUGCCUCUACUCACUUCAAGGAAGUGAGUUGGGGACUGAGAGUGGAGCUGGGUCCCCCUGUCUGUAAAUAGCUGUGAUUAACUUAAUCCUUCAAAUCCCUUCUGCAGGGACCCCAGGUGGACAGCCAGCAGGCCCUCUCUGUCCCCUCUCCACUAUCCUCUAGGUGUGGAGCCCAGCCUGGGAGAGUUCACCAGCCCCACUCCUUAUCCUCAGUCCCCUGUCCUCAUUCCAGGUUGGGACCCUGUAUGCACAAAGCCAUAAAUUGAACCAGGGGUUCCCAUGGGCCCCUUGCCUGUCCCCCAUGCCUCAACCUUGCCCCACUGAAAGCCAUUGGAGAUGUUCAGGGAAACGGGGGGGGGGGGGGGCGCAGCCUGCUAUACCCCCCCAUUUGGGUACUCAAAUCUCAGGUGUCUACAAGGUUCUGCCCAUGAAAGGGGCCACUUGGUGCCCAAACCUCUGGGCAUGUGGGAGGUGCUACAGUUUCCAGAGGGUUCCAGGCCCAGGCCUGGGAGACUUGGUACAGGGUGGGAGUCAGGGUUCUCCAAAAGAGCACCAAGGCUCACUUUGGAGUGGAUGGGGAGACAGGGAACAAAUUAUCCUCUGACGGCUGGUGUAGGGGCUGGCACUCCAGAUCCCUUCCUCUGGGCUUGUGUCCCAGACUUCAUUGUCAGGACCUCCUCCCUCCCCCUGGUUCGGCUCCCUGAGUUUGGCCUUCAUGGCAUUGCGUGAUAGACAAUCUUACAGGACCCUGAUGGCCAUCAAGGCCAGAAGUGCUGGGCUUCUACCCUGCCCCUUGUGGCCUCUCAUUCCUGGGUGCCUGGAAAGGGUGGCCUUGGACCUCAGGACUGGAAGGAGGCUGGGCUACGUGGCCUCCUGGGUAGUUCGUUUUUUCUGGACCGGAUAGAAUAUUUUUUCAGACACCGAUUUCCUUUCUUGUUUAUGGUCAGGGGGUGAGGGGACCCUCCUGGGUGGCCUGUUCUCAAAGGGGGUAUGAAUGUCAGGGGUCUCCCAUCUGAACUUGGGUGGGGAGGUGUCUCUUUUGGGGUCACAUGCUGAGUCCCUCCAGUGUCUUCCUACUGUAGCUUGGAUUUUCUUUUAGGUGUGGGCAUCAAGGGCCUCACCCUAGAGUGGGAACCCCCAAAAGCCUGAUCCCUUCCAUGUUGGUUACAGGGGGUUUUGGGUUACCCUCAUUUGUUCCAGAACUUACUGUCACCAAAUCAGGGGCGUUGGGUCAUGCCACCAUUUUCUAGGCCCAGGUAUAGCAUGGAAGGAGGCAGGAGGACAUCCUUUUGGAGCUGGGCUCGGAGGAUACUUCCUCAGCCAGCCUCCUUCUUGGGUGCCCUGUGAGGGGCCACCCUAUCCUCUGUGAGGUGGCGGGUGGCAGGGCCCCUUUUUCCUUGUGUCAUUUUAGAUGUGUCUUGCUUGGUCCCAGCCCUUGCUGGUUACCUGUCCCUUCUGUAGGGGAAAGGGGGUGGGUUCCUGGGGUAAUAGGGCCCAGGAAGGGAGAACUCCCUGCAAAACCCAAGCCUGCUUGUUCCCACCUCCCCAGGAGUUACUGGUCACCUACCUGGCUCCAGCCACUGAGGGGAGAGCUUCAAAAGAGAUGUGUGCUUUCCGUGGGUGGCGCCUCUCCCCUGCUCCACCUGGCCUAUCACCCUUGUAUUUAAUUAAAGAAGUCCUUUUAUAAACCUUG